CAAACGGGGUGACGUCAUGAAGUCCUGGAACUCCGCGACAAUAAAUUAGAUUUUGUUACUUUUCUGGCGGGAAGAUGAGCCAAGUGGAGGGGCAGCGUUUAGAAAUAAGCGAGAGUUCGGGUGGGGGGAAUCUGGGCCCGACAGUCGAGUUGCUAGGCAUUUGAGGCCCACUCGGCUGCGCACACCCUUUGCCCCCACUUCCACUCGCCCCGUUUGAGUUCGUGCACUCGCAGCCGCAGACCCGGGGCGCUAGGAGUCCCAUAGCCGCCCUCCCACCAUGGUGAUCCUCAGAGAGGGCAUCUGUCCUGGAGCCACCACCCACCUCAUCCAGGCUUUAAAGGAGCAGAACGUGAAGACAGUGGUGAACUUAGUGACUGCAGACAUUGAAGACCUGGCACAGAAAUGUUCCAUUUCGUACAAGACGUUGAUGGCCGUGAGGUGUGUGUUACUUGCUCAGUAUUCGCCAUUCCCUUCGAACGGUGCAGAUCUCUACGAGGAGCUACUGGGCACCACAGCCAUCCUGUCUACAGGAAUCCCCAGCCUGGACAAGUUGCUGGAUACGGGCCUUUACACAGGAGAGCUGACAGAAUUUGUAGGAGGGCCAGGCAGCGGAAAGACUCAGGUGUGCCUCGGCCUGGCCACGAGCAUCGCGUGUGAGCUGAAGCAGAAGGUCCUGUACAUUGACACGACGGGAGGACUGAGCGGCUGCCGCCUCCUGCAGCUGAUCCAGAGCCAGGCUGACCGCAUGGAGGAGCAGAGCGAGGCUCUCCAGAGGAUCGAGGUGAUUCGUGUGUUUGAAGUGCACUGGCUCCUGGAUGUGCUGCAGGAGCUCAGGGCAAGCUGCAUGCGCCAGGUGGCUGGCGCCCACAGCUCAUUGAAGGCGAUCGUAGUGGACUCCAUCACAGCAGUGCUCUCCCCCAUCCUGGGUGGCCAUCAGAUAGAAGGUAUGGCCCUCAUGAUGCAGCUUGCAAGGGAACUGAAGACAUUAGCCAGAGAACUGGCCAUUGCCGUCAUUGUGACGAACUACUUGGUCCGGGACACAGGUGGAGGUAUGAAACCGGCCCUGGGGUGCUCCUGGAGUUAUGUCCCCAACGUCCGAGUACUCCUCCAGCGUGGAUCUGACUCAGCCGGCCCUGCAGGGGGCAGUGCAACGAUACUGAAAUCAUCCAGGCAGCCAACCAGGCUCAGUGUGGGAUUUGACAUCACUUCCCUUGGGACCCUGGGCAGCCGAGCCGAGCCUUCUCAACCCUUCACUGGUGACCUUCCUUGACUACACAUAGUAACGUUUGCAUAGAGCUCUGUAACUGUAUACGAACACUGUGACUUCAAUGAGAAGAAGGUAAGAGCUGGUUAGUGAAGAUUGGGCCUUUACCUUCUCUCAUUACAAGACCUGGUGCGAUUGAGUGGGUGUCAUAGCCCUUGGCUAUUGGCCAUACUUCAUGGAGCUUCAAGAACAUUGGUUCCCUCCUUGCUACGAGCCUGUGAAGAGAUCCAGCAAUGUGUGGCUGGAGAUUCCGACUGUAGGCAAUGACAGGCAGGUGCAUUCAAGGUUUCCAGGAAGAGCGGCUGGCCGAAAAUACAUCUUGCAGCUUGUUAAUCAUUCUCAGUGUGUGGUUUUACAGAGCUGGAGCUCACGUGCGGUCUGAGGCUGCCAGGAGUGGACAGCCACGAUGCAUUAAACAACGCGAUGGUUUUUUACAUUACUUCAGGAAUGCAGCAGAACUUGAGAGGAAACAUUUCACAACCAGCAUGCCUUGCCCUUGGGGAAAGUGCUGGGCAGCCUUAUCUCUGUGUUUUGUGAUAGUCAAAGAACCUCCAGCAUUUUCUGUUUUCAUUCCUGUUCAUUAGCCCUGCCAGGUCCAGUGGACCUUAGCAGUGCCUGUCACCUCCCGCACAUUGACCUUUCUCUCCUGAGCAGAGGCUGGCCAGGAAUUCAGAGCAGUGUAAUUCCUGUACUUGGACGGGAGAGCCACAGUGAUGAUGCGGAGAUUACAAUGGUGACAGAUCCAUACACCGAGGGAGAGCUGCAUCUCCGUCAUAAGAUGAAAGUGCCUUAUUGUUAUAUGGCGGUAACAAUAUCUAACAUUUACUGCAUCUGUAGAGCUGAAAUGCAAAUAAAUAAUGUUGUUAAUAUCAGUGUCUGCUAACAAACAACCUGCUUUUAGUGUUUCAGAUAAAAGGAAAGCUUAUAUAAAUCUCAGGGUAAGAUGAGACUGGAGGCUCAUGGUCUUCAACCUGUUUGAAAGAGCCCGAAACUUCAACCCCUAUCCCCUUGUGAGAAUUCCUUCCUGAUUGGGGCAGUACGGUAGCAUAACGUUUUACAGUAAAGGGGACCCGGGUUCAAUUCCCACUGAUGCCUGUAAGGAGUUUGCACAUUCUCCCUGUGACCACGUGGGUUUUCUCCGGGUGUUCUGGUUUCCUCCCACAGUCCACAAAUCUAUCGUUUCAAUUGUUUUUUGUCAAAAUUGUCCCUGUUUAGGCUGGGAUUAAAUUGGGGGAUUGUUGGGCGGAGUGGCCAGAAGGGUUUACUCCAUGCUGUGUCUCAGUCAGUAAAUAAACCAGGGGAUUAAGUUUGUAGCAAUGGGUAAUCCUCACAUUACACUCUCCUCCCCCUUCUGACCCCUGCCACGUUUUCACCACCCACCAGCUCCACUUCUGAUGCUAAAUGGUCAGUCCUCAGGAAAAGCCUUGCUUUUGUUCGCCUGCGCCUAUUUCUGGAGGAGUUUCAUCUAACCGAGACCCAGACCGAGUUUGUAUUCAGUUAUGUCAUUUUGUGCCCGUGUUGUGAAGUGGAGGAGGGUGAUCCCAGCAUUACAAGCAAGUAAUUUUCUUUCUGAGCAGCUCCCUGGGGAAGUGCAGCUGAAUUGGCCAAGAGCAAAUCAACAGCAGGGCAACUUGAGUGAGAUCAGUGGUUCCAUUGGAUUGAAUCCCGGACACUCAUUUAAUAUCUUUUUUCUCUGCAUAGAUUGUCCUUAAUCUGAUGCCAUGAUUUGCCUUCCUUGAUUACCUCCCCUGGACAUUGGGGUGGUGUCCCUGAGAUAUCAGAAUGCUGCUUCUAUUCGUGUAGACUGACUCAGUACCAUCAACAUCUGGCCACAACCCAGCUCUUUGUAAAUAUGGUUCCUUGCUAGAGUACACCAGUAUGUUAGCCACUAGACUCCCCUGCUUCCAACCCAGGCCUUGGUCAGCGAGACUGUACUCUGUCAGUAAACCGUUGGCCUGUAUUUGCACACCAGUGUUGCGACCUCGCAGUGUAGCGUGUGCAGACGGAGAAUCUCUUGAGCGGCAACUGUGGCUUGGUGCGGGUGCAGAACCCAGUACUGAGCCACGAGGUUAGGCCGCUCUCUGAAUACCUGGAGCAUAAAACCAGGACUACUGACAUUGCGUGAUAAAGAGACUGUGCCAUAUUUCAUAUUAUACUGGCCUCUAUGUAAAACCAUAAGCCAUAGGAGGAGAAUCAGGCCAUUCAGCCCAUCGAGUCGCUACCUGAAUUGGAUUGUGGCAGAUUUAUUUUCCCUUUUAACCCUGUUCGGCUUUCUCCCCAUAAUCAAGGACCUACAAAUCUGCGCUUUAAAUAGAGACCAUGGCACCAUCUCAGUUCAACACGGUGUCCUAACAAAUAAUUAUGAAGCAGCAAAAAUGCUGAAGAACGUCUAGCCCUUGUCACGGUGCUGUACGUGGGAGCUUUCUGGGCUUAAAUUUAUAGCUCAGUCUCGAAGCUUCCAGCAAUGGCUGUGGCUCAUGUGCUGUCAGGUGUUUUCCGAUAUCCCAGAAACAGGAAAAACUUCCUAUGUAUGCACUAUUUUUGUCCUCAAACUGACUGGGUAUGAUGAGGACAGGACAGAGGAUGAGAGCACAGGAGAUCCCAUACUGGACCUAUCUAUUUCUGUCUCCACUCCCCUCAAGUGAUGCUUCCCAGACCUGCACUUUGUAUUGACCACUAUUUUUGAAAUCUGCAACAUAAUACCACCAACAGUAGCAGGAGCUUUUGUAGCCAUUCUUAAGUGCAGGAAAGAUUAAACAUCCAGAUUCACAAUCUUGGCAGGAGGUAGGUGCUAAACCGUGGCGAUGGGUCUAGGACAGGGGUCAGCAACCUUUACCACUGAAAGAGCCACUUGGACCCGUUUCCCACAGAAAAGAAAACACUGGGAGCCGCAAAACCCGUUUGACAUUUAAAAUGAAAUAACACUGCAUACAACGUUUUGUUUUGCCUUUAUGCUAUGUAUAAACAAACUAUAAUGUGUUGCAUUUAUGAAAUUGAUGAACUCCUGCAGAGAAAACGAAAUUACAUUUCUGCAUGCAACAAAAACAUGUUGACCUCCGAAAAAA